CUCUUAUUAUCUUCCGACUCCCACAUGAUGAGCUGACAGAUGUUAUGAAAUGGGAAGAGGCCGGUCAGGUCACAGCUUGAGAAGAAGGUGCAGACUUUAUGAAUGAGUCGCUGUUGUUAGUUUAAAGAUGUCCUCGCAGAUGUUGUGCAGCCGCACGGCAGCGGCCGUCGCUUCCCGCAGAGUGAGGAGUAUUGUGGGGGCUGUGCUCGGGAGAGACGGCUGGAUGAGCAGACAUCAUGAGGUCAAACUACUCAACACCUCCUCAGGCGACACGGUGAAGAUUGGUGAUCUCUCCUACAAACUCAAAACUCCCCGGAAUUCAGAGCUUGUUCCUGUCAAACACCUUUCAGACUCCCUUCCCCAGACGGUGGUUCAGCACCUACGGUGGAUUAUGCAGAAGGACCUUCUGGGCCAGGAUGUGUUUCUCAUUGGUCCUCCAGGCCCUCUGAGACGAUCCAUAGCGAUGCAGUACCUCGAGUUGACCAAACGAGAAGUGGAGUACGUGUCUCUGUCCAGGGACACCACAGAGACCGACCUGAAGCAGAGGAGGGAGAUCCGCUCAGGGACGGCCUUCUACAUAGACCAGUGUGCCGUGCGGGCAGCGACACAGGGCCGAGUCCUGGUGCUGGAGGGGCUGGAGAAGGCCGAGAGAAAUGUCCUGCCUGUGCUCAACAACCUGCUGGAGAACAGGGAGAUGCAGCUGGAGGACGGACGCUUCCUCAUGUCGGCCGAGCGCUACGACAAGCUGCUGCAGGAGCACAGCAAAGAGGAGCUGGACAGCUGGAAGAUCGUCCGUGUCAGUGAGGACUUUCGGGUCAUCGCUCUCGGCCUUCCCGUCCCCAAGUACAAAGGCAACCCGCUGGAUCCUCCUCUGCGCUCUCGCUUCCAGGCCAGAGAUGUUUAUUACCUCCCAUUUAAGGACCAGCUGGAGCUGCUGUACACCGUUGGACCAAACAUUCCUGCAGAAAGGGUGUCCCAGCUGCUGUCACUAGCCACCACGCUGUGCUCCCAGGAAUCCUCCAACCUUGGUCUCCCAGACUUCCCCGUGGACAACCUGCUUCCUGCGCUCCAUGUACUGAAUGCGUUCCCCAUGCUGUCCUCCCAGCAGCUCGUGCAGAGACUUUACCCCUACAACAGCAUACUGGGCAAGGAUGGGCGCAGCGCCGUGGAGGGCGUCCUCAGUAGAUUUGAGCUUCUGGAUGGUCGUCGUCAGCCAGCACCCAGCGCCAUCGUGAGCGUUUCCAGAAAUAAGGAUCUGGAGGGUCAUGCAGAUGUCGUAUUAAGUGUCGCCAACAAGGACAUCACCUUUCAGGUUCCAGCAGGCACGAAGGAGCCGCGUCCACCCAACAGCAGCCCGACCUUCAUCGGCACGCCGAGCAGCUCCCAGCUGAUGGCUGAGAUGAUGCAGUCACACAUGGUUAAGGACAUGUGUCUGAUAGGAGCCAAGGGUUGUGGAAAGUCAGUGAUUGCGAGAGAGUUUGCUGAGGUGUUGGGUUACAGCAUCGAGCCAGUCAUGCUGUACCAGGACAUGACGGCCAGAGACCUGCUCCAGCAGAGGUGCACGCUGCCUAACGGAGACACGGCGUGGAGGCCGUCCCCGCUGGUCACCGCUGCCAGGGAGGGCAAGCUGCUGCUGCUGGACGGUGUACACAGGGUCAACCUGGGAACUCUGUCUGUGCUCUCCAGGUUACUCCAUGACAGGGAGUUGGAUCUGUACGAUGGGACUCGGCUGCUGAGAUGGGACAGAUACCAGGAACUAAAGGAACAACUGCAGCUCAGUGACCAACAACUGCAAGAGCGGUCAAUCUUCGCCAUCCACCCGUCCUUCAGGGUGCUGGCCCUGGCGGAGCCCCCUGUUGUUGGUGGCAGUCCGAGCAGCAGCAGAGGUCAGCAGUGGCUGGGCCCGGAGCUGCUCACCAUGUUCCUCUACCACAGCGUGUCCCCCAUGGCCCGAGCAGAGGAGACGCACCUCAUACAGGGGCUGAUUCGUAAUGUUCCAAAUGAAGCAGCAGAGCAGCUACUUCACCUCACACACAGUCUCCGCAAGACAAACGACCCCACAGCACAGUCUCUGGCCUCGUCUCUCUCCACCAGACAGCUGUUGAGGAUCUGUCGGCGUCUCUCUCAGUACCCUGAGGAGAGCCUUUCUCGUGCCGUCAAUAAGGCGUGUCUUUCCAGGUUCCUGCCCAGCCUCGCCCGUGCCUCUCUUGAGAAAAGCCUCUCCAACUGCUCCAUCCAGGACUCCCCGGAUCCUGCAGAACACACAGACUUCACCUGUUUGGUAAAGGACGAUGUGUUGACUAUUGGCAGCGUGUCCACUCCCGUCUAUCAGACCGCUGAGAAGAUGAAGAUUCCAGAUGUGCUCUUCUACGAUAAUCUCCAGCACAUGAUGGUGAUGGAGGACAUGUUGAAGGACUUUCUAUUAGGAGAGCACCUCCUCUUGGUGGGCAACCAGGGCGUGGGUAAGAACAAAAUCGUGGACAGAUUCCUGCACCUCCUGAACCGGCCCAGAGAAUACCUGCAGCUGCACAGAGACACGACCGUCCAGACUCUGACGCUGCAGCCUUCAGUCCGAGACGGCAUCAUCAUGUACGAGGACUCACCGCUGGUGAAGGCAGUGAAAACAGGUCACAUAUUAGUGAUCGACGAGGCCGACAAAGCUCCCACUAACGUCACCUGCAUUCUCAAAACCCUGGUGGAGAGCGGAGAGAUGAUCCUGGCAGACGGACGCAGAAUCAUCUCAGAUCCACGUGAAGCUGAGGGAAGGCCCGACACCAUAGUGAUGCACCCAGACUUCAGGAUGCUUGUCCUGGCCAACAGACCGGGUUUUCCCUUCCUGGGAAAUGACUUUUUUGGAGCUCUAGGGGACAUCUUCAGCUGCCACGCUGUGGACAAUCCAAAGCCGCAGGCGGAGCUGGCGAUGCUCAAACAGUACGGCCCCGACGUUCCCGAUGCCACUCUGCAGAAGCUGGUGGCCGCCUUUGGAGAGCUGAGGUCCAUGGCCGACCAGGGCACCAUCACCUACCCCUACUCCACCCGAGAGGUAGUCAACAUAGUGAAACACCUCCAGAAGUUCCCCGGCGAGGGUUUGGCCAACGUGGUGCGAAAUGUGUUCGACUUCGACUCGUACAACAAAGACACGCGAGAGGUUCUGAUCGAAGCGCUGCACAAGCACGGGAUUCCCAUCGGAGCCAAGCCCAGCUCUGUCAACCUGGCUAAGGAGUUGCCUCUGCCAGAGGUCAAGAUGACGGGCUACUGGACAAUUAACCAAACUGGCAACGCUCGCCGCAAACUGCUCUGUCCCACGGAGACACGGGCCGUAGACAUCAAGGGCCCUGUGUUCCUGCGUGUUCACAGUUACCCCUGCAGCCGACAGGAAAGCAGGGCUUUGAGUUUCAGUGAAGAGAAAGCCCACUGGCAACUUCCCAUGAAUGAAGUCAACAUCAUCUGCGAUGUCACCACCAAAGAUGACGUGGUGUACGUGGCCACGUGUAACCCGGUGUCCCUGUACUCCAUGAAGGAGCGCGGGGAGAAGAUUCAGUGCAUCGAGCUCUACGACGUCUUCCCCAAGACCAUCAGUGGCACCUGGCAGCCCUUUGUCACUGUGGCUCCUCUUGGGAGUCCUCUUGAUGGACAGGUGGUGCUGCAUGAGGAACAGAGUAACACUGUGCUGCACGUGGACAUGGAGACGGGCGCCGUGCAGAGGCUCAUGCUGUCUCCGGACGCUGACCAGUCCUCCACCAGAGCCUCAAACUGGUGGAGCAGUAAGGAACAACAGGGAGGGCAUAAAAUGUGUCGGGACUUCAGCCACAAAAACUGGCUGCUCUUCUAUAAGGAGGACGGGAACCAGCUGGAUGUGCUGGAUGUGCUGGAGGGCCAGGUUCACUCCAUCUCCCUUCCCAUCAACCUGAAGUCCGUCUUCCUGGCGGCAGAGGACCGCUGGCUGCUGCAGGAGACCAACACCAACAAGAAGUUCCUCCUGACCAAGCCCAUGCACAUGGGAGCUGAAGAGUCCGGCGUGUGUCAGCUCCACAGCAUCAGCGAGGACGCAGUCAGCUCGGGCCAUGGAGUCAGCUCAGCUGAGGAGUCCGUGCCCCAGAUGCUGUCGUGUGAGCAGCUUCCCAACGAGAACCUCAGCGCCGCUCUGGACCAGAAGAUUGUUUCCCCUAACCGAAUACUGGCCGACACCGGCUCCUUCGCUCGGGUCGUGGUGGGCUUCCCGGACCUCGUGUCCCCUAACGAGGUGUACAGCUUUAAGAGGCCUGUUGACCUAUCGGUGAUGAAGAGAUCUGAGAGCGGGGCUAACGCGUUCCUUCGUGGCGGGCUUCAGUCCGGCGCGCCCAAACGGGACAAUUGUGUCAGUCUGCUCUCAGCCAAUCAGGUGGUCCGAGCCCUUCCACCCAACAGGGUGCCCCUGAAGGAGAUCUACCCCAAAGAAGUCACGCCUCCGAUGACAGCGGCGUACCUGGAGGUGACUGACCUCAACUCCAAAAAAGUCAAAUAUAUUCCUGUCCCGAGGUCGAUGACCGUGUCGCCUUACACCAGCUGGUUGUCCAAGGUGUCCGACUCGGACGUGCUCCUGGCUGACCUGGGCUCUGGGGGUGUGGUCACCGUGGAUAUGGGCGGGUACGUCCGGCUCUGGGAGACGGGGUUGGACACCCUGCAGCGCUCGCUGAUGGAAUGGAGGAAUAUGAUUGGGACAGAGGAUGGCAGACCUUUACAGAUUACCAUCCAGAAGGACAGCGGUCUGGAUGUCAGUGCCCCUAAACACGGCAAGGUCGACGCCAACAACGCUCCUCACGUUGGGGGGAACCAGUGGGCGGGAGGCACAGGCGGCAGAGACACGGCGGGGCUGGGGGGUAAAGGGGGCCCCUAUCGGCUGGAUGCGGGACACAAGGUCUACCAGGUGUCCCAGGAGGAGAAAGAUGCAGUUCCAGAAGAAGUCCGUAAAGCAGCCCGCGAAAUGGGAGAAAAAGCCUUUAAAGAAAGGUUGAAGGAGAUUAACAUGAGCGAGUACGAUGCUGCUACGUACGAGCGCUUCUCCAACGCCGUCAGUAGACAAGUGCAAUCUCUACGCAUCAUCCUGGACAGUUUACAGGCUAAAGGGAAGGAGCGGCAGUGGUUGAAGAACCAGGCUCUGGGAGAACUGGACGAUGCUAAAAUCAUUGAUGGACUCACUGGAGAGAAGGCCAUAUACAAACGCAGGGGAGAGCUGGACCCAGAGCUGGGCAGUCCUCAGCAGAAGCCGAAGCGGUUACGGGUGUUAGCCGAUGUGUCCGGCAGCAUGUACCGCUUCAACGGCGUGGACGGCCGGCUGGAGCGCUCCAUGGAGGCCGUGUGUAUGGUCAUGGAGGCUCUGGAGAACUACGAGCACAAGUUCAAGUACGACAUCGUGGGACACUCGGGCGACGGCUGCGACAUCGAGCUGGUCAGAGCGGAUAAAUCCCCCAAGAACAACAAAGAGAGACUCAAAGUCCUCAAGAACAUGCAUGCCCAUGCUCAGUUCUGCAUGAGUGGCGACUUCACCCUGGAGGGCACGGACACCAGCAUUAAGGAGCUGGCACGAGAAGAGGCCGACGAGCACUUUGUGGUGGUGCUCAGCGACGCCAACCUGGAGCGCUACGGCAUCCGGCCCGAGCGCUUCGCCCAAGUCCUGACCUCUGACCCGCAGGUCAAUGCCUUCGCCAUCUUCAUCGGAUCCCUCGGUGAUCAGGCCGAAAGACUCCAGAAGACGCUUCCAGCGGGGAGGUCCUUCGUUGCCAUGGACACCAAGCAGAUCCCCCAAAUCCUGCAGCAGAUCUUCACAUCUACGAUGCUGUCCAGUGCCUAAGACUGACACACACCGCACUAACCCAUCCUCUCACACAAUGAAAAACCUCAUUAGUUCUGAAGCUGAGACUUUCUGACUGUCAUCAGGUCUGACUGCAGCAGCCCUGUGAUCGUGUGUGUGACUGUAUGUCCUGCAGCCGGGCUCAGAUCAAACACAUGGACUCACCUGUUGCUAUUUUUAUGUUUUCGUGCCGCCCCCCCCUCCCGCUGACGCACACGCACGUCUUCGUCCUGUUUUUGGGUUGUGAGUGUACUCGGAAGGGAAGGGAGGGUCGUGAACUUGAAACAGCCCUCAGUCAUUUGGACUUCCUCCUCAUUAGUCGCCUGUCGCACACACACACACACACACAGGAAGGCCGACGCUGACGCUCAGACGUGACGAGCGGCAAUAACUCGCCUGCUUCGGAAUGCUGGGACUGUGCCCGGGGAAUUUCCCACCUGACUGCACACGCUCUUUAAAGGAGGCUGCUGUUGGACAACCCCCUGCUGUGUGUGUGUGUGUGUGUGUGUGUGUGUGUGUGUGUGUGUGUGUGUGUGUGUGUGUGUGUGUGUGUGUGUGUGUGUCACAGCAUCUCUGUCAACAUGCACAAGCCCUUUCCUUCCUGGCUGCUGGACCUUGUGACACCCCGUGCUCUUCUCAGUCCUGCAUGGAAUCUGAGAAAGUCUUUGAUUGGCAGACCUCUCGCUCUUCUUUCUCAAACACUAACGCCUCCGACACUGCGAGGGAAAUUCUCUGACGUGUCGGCGAGUGUGUAGCUGUGCGUGGUGAGACACACAGACCGGUGUUUGAUUGUGUUUCUGCUGUGACAUGAUCUCUCUGUGCUGAUCCAAUACUGAUUGUGAUGGAUCGUCUGUCAGCCUCCAUCGAUCGCUCUCUUAUAACCGCUCUGACUCUCUCGCUCCCUCCAUGUCGAUGAAACUUCAUGAUUAAAGGGUUCAUAUUAAAAUCAUAGACAUUUGAUCUUAUUUAAUUGUACAUUGUUAUAACCUCACGUAGAAAAUGUUUUAAUUUAAAAGUAACUUUUAAUAAAUGGUGUUAUCUUUGCUCUUUUGAUUAUUCUGUACUGUUGCCUGAUUAUUGGCCCCGCGGGUCCUUGAAAUCCUUGAAAGUUGUGAAUUUUAGGGAAGAAACCCCAAGGCCUUAAAGGGUUAUCAGACAUAAAUACACAAAGUUCUUCACACGUGCAUGAAUUUAUAGAUUUUGUUCAAGAAAAGAAAUCAAAGUUCUUUUGAUAUAUUUUUACCAAACGUUGGUAGAUUCACUCGUCUGUCGGUGCGACGGCGAGGUGUCAUCGUGUGGAUGUUGUAGCUGUGAUUAACUCUGGGCCUGGAAAGUCCUUGAAAAGUCAUUGAGUUUGAUGUUUAAGAAGCCGAUUACACGAUUAAUCCCAUAAUGUUUAAACUCAGACAAGAGAUACAAGAUGUCUUUAACGUUAUAAUUGAAGCUACAAUAAAUAGUGAAAUCAUUACCGACACUUGUGUCACAGAAGGGUUAGCGUGCUGUGAGAACACUUUAAUUAUCAGUGGAAGUGUUUUGUAUUCCGAAUAAAAACAAUAAUUCUACUAAAAGAUGA